AUGAUCUCUCGUUCUCUCCUGCUGGUUCUGCUGGUUCUCACCUGCCUUCAGUCCUUCACAACAGCCCAGAAUGCCAAAGGACCAGAUCAGUGCUGUUUCGGAUUUCAGAAUAAAUCAAUCCCUGUAAGAGUCAUUGCAUCGUAUAGAGUAACAGAUCUUCAGUGUACAAAACAUGGAGUCAUCUUUACCCUGAAGAACGGUGGUCAGCGGUGUGGAGAUCCCAGUGUCGAGUGGGUGAAGGAUCACAUGAACAAAAUUAACCAGCAUCUGUUUAACAACUAGAUCAAUUCUACAGAGAGUGUUUAAAUCCUCUCUCCAUUAAUAAGGAAUGAAUAUUUCUUUUACAAAGUGUACUUUUUACAUAGUCAGCUUUUUGCUAUAAAUCUAAACAAACUCUGACUUAAUCUUUGCAUAUUAAUUAAAUCUUAAAAUUUUAAUAUGUGUAAUAUAUUCACAUAUGAGUGAUCAGUGUGUUUGUUUCAUUCUGUGGAUUUUUUUCACCCAUGUUUGAAUUCCUGUUCUGCUGCAAAAUUGUGUUGAAAUUGUUUCUAUCUUCCCGCAUAUUUGCAUCAAUGUUUGUAUUCUUCCUCUCUUACUAGUGGUUUGAAUUGUCACAAAAUAGUAGAAGGCUGAAGGUCAAUAAAUAAUCACUGUAUUAUGAGACGUGUUUCUGGUUCAUGCAGAAGUUCACAUCAUCAACAUU